AGAGCAGCUCCGGAACUACUCUCAGACUCAUCAGCUGAGCGUUGCUAUCUCGGAGCAGAGUCUUUCCUGACAGUGGCCUGACUGUACAGUCUUCGAGGCUGGAUAGGAAUCAUGCCCGUGACUCUUGGUUAUUGGGAUAUCCGCGGAUUGGGUCACGCCAUCCGGCUGCUCCUGGAAUACACAGAAACAAGCUAUGAGGAGAAGAGAUACGCCAUGGGCGACGCUCCCGACUAUGACAGAAGCCAGUGGCUGGAUGACAAAUUCAAGCUGGAUCUGGACUUCCCCAAUCUGCCCUACUUAAUUGAUGGGUCACACAAGGUCACCCAGAGCAAUGCCAUCCUGCGCUACCUUGGCCGGAAGCACAACCUGUGUGGGGAGACAGAGGAGGAGAGGAUUCGUGUGGACAUUUUGGAGAAACAGGUCAUGGACACCCGCAUUCAGAUGGGCACACUCUGCUACAGCCCUGACUUCGAGAAACGGAAGCCUGAGUUCUUGAAGGGCCUCCCAGAUCAGCUGAAGCUCUACUCCGAGUUCCUGGGGAAGCAGCCAUGGUUUGCAGGGGACAAGAUCACCUUUGCAGAUUUCCUUGUCUAUGAUGUCCUUGACCAGCACCGAAUGUUUGAACCCAAGUGCCUGGACGCCUUCCCAAACCUGAUGGACUUCGUGGUCCACUUUGAGGGCCUGAAGAAGAUCUCUGCCUAUAUGAAGACCAGCCGCUUCCUUCCAAGUCCUGUGUACUUAAAACAGGCCACGUGGGGCAACAAGUAGGACCCUGCAUGGAGGGCCGGUGAUGGUAGGGAGGAUCUGUCGGCGCCCCUAUCGCCCUGGACACUGACUGGGUCACGGCUAGCUUCCAGUAACUGCUCUACAUCAGUCUUCCCAUUUUUUUCUGUCUUUUCAUUCUUUCCCUCUACAAGACCUCCUUGUUCCCCCCUUUGACUCAAGCCUCCAGUGUCAGCUCCCUGUCCUCAGCAAAGUCCUUUUCUCCCCUUGUUUCUUUCUGUCAUGUUUCUAACCGUUCUUUCACUGAGCUUUGAGCACCUUAACCUGAAGACCCAUUCUCCCCGGAAGGCAGGCUCGGCCUCCAGAGUGGGAUGGCCUAGCGUUGUUUGCUCUCUAAUAAAGUAUUACCCACACUU